CUGCCGAUCCGAAAAGCACAGUCAGCGUUCAAUCGUUCAAGCAAAAGCUCCAAAACAACACAGACCUUUCGUGUUUUUCUUAACAAGUAAAACAAAACAAAAACAAUCCAAUAUGUUCCGAUUGGUGGUGUUGUCCGUUGUUCUCGCCGUUGCCGCUGCUGCCCCAGGGUUCCAGUCGGCCCCACUCGCCUACUCGACCGUUGUUGCUGCUGCACCGACCCUCGUCGCCCAGAAGGAGAUUUCGUACCAGAAGAGCAUCGUCGAAGAACCGGCCAUUGCGCACGUCGGUACGGUUGAGAAGUCCGUCCCGACUGGCUACUCUCACCAGAGCUUCACCCAGUACCACAACAAGCAGGUCGCUGAGCCAGUCUUUGCCCCGACCGUGAAGAAGACCGUUGUGUCGACGCCAGUUGAGAAGACGACCUACGUCCAGGCUGCUACCCCAGUGGUCCAUGCUGCCCCAGCUGUCUAUGCCGCUCCGGUCCAGACUUACGCUUAUGCUGCUCCAGUGGAGAAGACUUACGCUUAUGCUGCCCCAGUUGCCAAGACCUACGCUUAUGCUGAACCAGCUGUCAAGACCUACGUCCAGGCUGCUCCAGCUGCCGUCGCUUACGAGGCCGCCCCAGUGUCCUAUGUUGCUCCUCUGAAGACGUCGUACGUCAGCAGCUACCCGUCGGUGUACUCCGCCCCGGCUGUCUAUGCUAACGAAUUUCACUAAAAGAACCUGACUGUGCAUUACGAUCAUUUUGGCGUUCGGCAAGCGAGAACCUUAUUUUUCUCUUGUUCAACGUUUCGGAUUUGUUUUAUUGAAAGAUGAGGAAAAUAAAUUAAAUUUUUAAACUGUACAA